CGGGUGCGGCGCCGUUUUCUGAUUGGCUGCAUCCUGGAGCACUUCCGGUUCCCCCGGAAGGGCUCGGGGUGCGCGGCGGAGAGAGCCGAGGGUCGGUCCGGCCGCGGGGCUAUGGGGAGCUGACCGGUUCUGGUGCCCAGCAUCCCAAGAAGCAGCAGGGCCGAGAGAACCCGCAUGAUCUGAAAGCUAAAGCCCAGCAGAUUAUGAACCAGUUUGGUCCCUCGACCUUGAUCAACCUAUCGGGCUUCUCCUCCAUCAAGCCAGAACCAGCCAGCACCCCCCCUCAGAGCUCCAUGGCCAACAGCACCACAGUGGCAAAGAUGCCCGGAACACCCAGUGGGGGAGGCCGCCUCAGCCCUGAGAGCAACCAGGUUUUAACCAAGAAGAAGUUGCAGGACCUGGUGCGGGAGGUGGAUCCCAACGAGCAGCUGGAUGAGGAUGUGGAGGAAAUGCUGCUGCAGAUCGCUGAUGACUUCAUUGAGAGCGUGGUGACAGCAGCCUGUCAGCUCGCACGGCACCGCAAGUCGAACACCCUGGAAGUGAAGGAUGUGCAGCUGCAUCUUGAGCGUCAGUGGAACAUGUGGAUCCCAGGCUUUGGUUCUGAAGAGAUCAGGCCCUACAAGAAAGCCUGCACUACAGAAGCUCACAAACAGAGAAUGGCGCUGAUCCGCAAAACCACCAAGAAAUAACCCAGGGCUGAGCCAGGAGGGAGGAGCCAUGUGCGUGUGUUCGGGAUCUGCCUCCGCCGGAGCCCCCCAGCACCACGCAGGGGUUGGGGGUUCCAUGCUCCACACAGAAGCAGGGAUUUCCCCUUCGUGCUGCAGCAAUACCUGGAGUUCCCGAGGAGAUUCCAGCCCCUUCCUCCCGCGGAAACAAAGACUCUUUGUGACUUGAACGUGGGUUUCUCCUCUCAGUGAUUACCCAGGGGAUGAGCGUGUGUGGGACAGUAUUAGAAGCAUCCGUAGAGGUUUUCGUGCCCUCCCUCCUGCCCCGAUACUUUGUAAUGUCAGUGUUUCUAUAAGGACUUGCCUUUGUUUUACAGGAAUAAAGAAGUUAUUAAUGUACA